GAGAUACACGAAAAAGUUGUCAAGAACGCCUUGAGGUUGGUUCGAAAAUAGUUGAUGAGGUUGUUAAGAUGACGUCGCCAAAUAUGGACGUAAUGAACUAUUUAGUGGCUACAAAUGUGAAGACGAACAGCGUAUGGGAUGCUGUCAAUAAGUCGGAGCCUGGCACUGAAGACAAUCUCAAUGUCUCCAAGACAAAUAUCACUAAUUACCUGUUACAAGAUGACGAGUACAUUUUUGACAGAACCGACGUCAGAGCCAUAUUCAUUACCCUGUAUACUCUUGUGUUCUGCUGCUGCUUUUUUGGGAACCUGCUCGUGAUCCUGGUGGUGACGUUGUCGAGGCGGCUCCGGUCAAUAACCAACUUCUUUCUGGCGAACUUGGCGGUGGCAGAUUUAUGUGUCGGAGUGUUUUGUGUCUUCCAAAAUUUAACCAUAUAUCUUAUACCCAGCUGGGUGUUCGGCGACUUCUUGUGCAAAAUGUACCAGUUCGUACAUUCGCUGAGCUACACGGCAUCCAUCUUUAUUCUGGUGGUCAUCUGCACCGAGAGGUACUUUGCCAUCAUACACCCCAUCACCUGCAAGCAGAUCCUUACUUCCACCCGACUAAGGCUGGUGAUACUAGGCGUGUGGAUAACCAGCGCAGCGUACAGCGCCCCCAAGUUCAUCUGGGUGGAGACAAUCACCAACAACCUCGGGGACGGCCAUAUGGAAACCAUCUGCAUCCAACAUCGGAUGAAGUACAACUCGGAGAUCUUCGACAUGGUCAACUUUGGGCUUCUCUAUGUGACGCCUUUGUGCGUGAUGACGGUGUUAUACACGCGCAUCGCAGUGGGACUAUGGCAAAGCUCGCAUGGUCUGCAGCACCUGGGCCGGGUGCAGUGCUGUGCUGCUACUCAAUGUCCUCGUGUGGAGAAGCUUGCCUCCACCGACCCCAACUACGAACCACAACGAACCUUCAUCGGCAACACUGAAGCUAAGGGUUUGCUGUCUCAGAAAGGAACUCCGGUAAACGCUGUAAAGACAAAGAAAUUGUGUCGCACGCCGGGAUCAAACUGCCAUCACCUGAGUCACCUGUCUCGUAAUGUGUUGCGCGCGCGACGAGGUGUCGUGCGCAUGCUCAUAGUGGUAGUGCUCACAUUCGCCGUCUGCAACUUGCCGUUCCACGCGCGCAAGAUGUGGCAGUACUGGUCCUCCGGCUACCAGGGCACCAGCGACUUCAGCGCGCUGCUCACUCCCCUCACGUUUCUUAUCACUUACUUCAACUCCGGCAUCAACCCAUUACUCUACGCUUUUCUGUCUAAAAACUUUAGGAAAGGAAUGAGGGAGCUGUUAUUUUGUAAUUUUUAUGGGAAAAGGAAAAGUGAGAAUCUAAUAGUACUAAAUGCGGUUGGCGGUGGGCUGAGGCGGAGUUCCACCCGCUCCACACGCGCCAACUGCAGCACGAUCACGAUGGCGCCCCACGGAGACUCAUGAAACAUGCGUCGGCGCAGGUUCGUGUACAAAGUGGAGAACGUGGACAUUUCUUGAUUAACGGAGAGCACAGACGAGGUGACCGACAGCAGCGGUCUCUAUACUGUUUCCACUAUCUCCAGAAAGGACCUCUAUGACUAAAAUGUUGAAAACUUAGUGUUAAUUAUUUAACAGUAUUUUUUUUCCCUGGAACUUAGUGAAGCAUCGCAUUACUUAGGUACUUACGGUGAUCUCAUGAGCUUAAAACCUAAGUAUUUAUUAUUGUGUAAUACUUAAAUGUAAAUUAAUAACUUAUAACGUGAACAUAAUCGCAAAUUACUGUUACUGUACAUAUCUGUAUGGAUCGUGGUUGUGGAUGGAAAUUGGAUAGAGUGCAAAACAUGUGUAAAUACGUAAGUACUUAGAUACGGAAAUAAAAGAGUUAAUUAUUACUACUGAAUAUUAUCGCGCAGGUGUAAAAAAGCUUUAAUGAUAUUUAUUCCAGCGCGUACCUACUAAGAAUAAAUAAUGUGUUGGGCAGUUUAUCUGUGGUAUAAUGGUCGUUAUGAGUCACUCCUGUCCGUUUAUGAAGAAUAAAGUGAUCGGUGAGUGUACGUCUAUGACAUUAAUAUUCCCGAAUGUCAGCAUUAUCCUAGCUCCUAUUCUGUUAGCUACCCCCACGCCGCAAGCUUCCGCGCCGCGUUCAAAUUGAGUUUGAAUUUUGACGGGAACUUCAAGCGCUGUAAACUGGUUCCAAACAUAAAUAUUAAAAACUGUGCACUAACAGAUUUGUGAAUUUUGUUAAAGUUACU